AGAACUCGGAAUCGGAUUAGGUGCAAGUUUAGAAGCUGGCCCGAGUCCACGAAGACGCGAAUCCCGUGGACCAUUUCUGUCGAACACUGUCCGGACCUUUUUUGGAUCGAGACAUCGUUCUCGUUGGGUGGUGAGGUAGACCUCUCCAGUCUCGGUUCGCGUACUCUGGAUCGUGUUCACACACAACCUACCAAGAUGCCGUUCGGACGUCAACGUUUCGGCAGAAGAGCGGUCGUCAUGCUGCCGUUUUGGGUCGCGCAAGCGUGGGCGUGGGGAGGCAGUAACAGCGGCAGCGACUCGAGCACCACUAGCUCUGUGUUUGGCAAUAGUUUAGGACGCGACUGGCUGUCGGACUCCAAAGGCAUAUCCAUCAAGCUAGAAGGAUGUCUUUGGGGUUACGUGGAAGACAACGAGAGCGCCUACUGCAUGGAAGACUCUAGUGAAGACGGCACAACGUAUUGGUAUCAAAUGGCAAACUGCCGGCGAGCACAAGCAGUUUUUUCGGUAUACGCCAAUCCCUCGUCCAGCAAUGCCGCAUGCAACGCUGGGAAUUUCAAAGAAUCCUUUGUUACUAAAAGUGGGCUCUCCGAAUUCAUAUACUAUUUGAAAAGCUACGACAGUAACAAUCCUUUCGGAAGCGCCAAUGACGACAAUGGAGAUGGAUCAUACUCUGACGACAACAAUCUGCCCAUGUGCGCCCAGGUCAACGGAAACUACGUCGGUGUUGGAUGCGCAAGCGACGGAACCUUUUCUCUACAAAUCUUUAGUGACCAGCAUUGCCUCGUCCCGACCGGCUCGACGUACGACAAUCUCAAGAGCGUAAAUAGGAAACUCAAGAACUACAGAAACUGUGCCAGUGCCUAUUCAUACGGUGAUGAUUCGGAAAGCUCGCUCGUAUACAAUCUGGUAUCCAAUGCGGAGAGUUGCUCUUCUUUGGACAGUAGUCUAUGUAUGGAUAAUUCUGCAAUGGCAGAUCGACGCUCCUACAGCAAAGGCCGGGUUUCGCGGAACCGAGGAUUCAGCCAAAGCCAGAGCUGGCUCACCAAAGCCAAGUAUGUUGCUGGAGGAAUUUUGUUGUUGGCUGCCUUUGUCAUGUUUACCGGUAUUCUGUUUACCAACCGCCGGCGAAGACGAGCUUUGAUGCAGCGAAAAUAUAGACAGUCUCGGCGUGGUGGGGAAGAUCGAAGCCGCCGGAGCAGCAAGAGCGGUCGCUCGAAGAGCAAGGGACGCAGCGUAUCGCGGUCCAAGUCUGCCCGAAGGGAAAAGGGAGACCCUGUAGGUGUUUUUACCUAGACGUUGUCGCUUCCAUUGAUCGGUCGGUCAAGUCUCUCCGCCAAAACCACUUCCAUGUAUUCUAUCUGGGAUUUUCGCAAGUAUUCGAAAGGUCUCGCUUUCCGUUGUCUCGGAGAAUGCGGUGCUUUUUGCUGCAUGGGUUAAUGCAAUUCGGGAGAAUUCUACUGGGCGCGUCAACAGGUUACAAUUGCCAUGGCUUCCCAUAGAACCCUGUUUUUAAACAGUGUAGACUAGUAUCGGUCUUCAAACCUAGCUUUACUUAGUAGAGAAUUUCUGGACUUUCA